UCUUCGCAGCGCAAAUCAAAGAUGCAACGUCUGCCAAAAGACUACAGAGUAGAAAAGCGCCCCCUCCUUCGCCCACCGAUCCCCACCCAAUACGCCUCCUCCCAGCACCCCAAAAUCAUCUACAUCUCGACAAAAACUCCCUUCAUGUCCGCCGUCAAGCGCGUCCAAAAACUGCUCUUGCACGCCGAAACCCGCUCAGCUCAAUCUGCAUCCGCCCAAGUCUCUUCCUCGCGACCAAAGUACUCUGCUGCUGCUGCUGGCAACGACGAAAUCUCAGAUAUUGAAAGAGUGGCUGCUGUAAUGGCUGCCAAUAAACAUGAAAGAGAUGAAGUUAUACUCAAAGCCACGGGAAAGGCUAUUGCGAAGGCCUUGAGUUUGGGCGUGUGGUUUCAGCAGAGGGCAGAGUAUGCCGUGAGGAUCGAGACGGGUACUGUGGGUGCUAUUGACGAUAUCGUGCCUUCUGAAGAUGCCGCUGGGGAGGAGGAAGAUCAGAAGAUGAAAGAUGAUGGACAGGAAGAUAUUCCAGAGUCGAGGAUUCGCUUUGCGAGUACCAUUCAGAUCUUUGUCUCGGCUGCCUCUUGA